AUGGCGCUAUGUGUCUCAAACUAUUGUUCUAUUUGUGUAGACAUCGGUGCUUAUGGUAAAGUCAGCGACUCGGGAGUUUUCAAAGAGUCCACGCUUUACAAGAAGCUAACAGAAAGGUCACUGGAUAUACCUGAUGCAACGCCCAUAAUAAUAGAGAAUAAAGAGGAAAAACUACCAUAUGUUAUAGUAGCGCACGAAGCAUUUGGCAUGGAAACGCUGGAAAAACCUUAUCACAUGGAAAAAAGUGUUCAACUAUAG